UGCUGCCUGCCUUCAAGUUUCUUUCAGUUUCAGUUUGAACGUCGAACGCCGAGAACGUCGAGAUACAGCUCUUGCUGUCAGCCUGCUGUACUUAACCGGGCUGAAGCCAUUGAAACGCGUGUGAACGGAAACCCAACGAAAUAUUCAUAACUUAAGCGGUCGCCUUAAAAAGAAAAGUCCGAAAACAACAACAACGAAAAAUGUUUAUGGCUUAAAUACUAUACAAGAGAAACAAAUAAGUCUACAGUAAAUAAAUACACAAAAAAAAUAACCUCGAUAUGGAAUAAAUAAAUAAUAAAAAAUCCUUCGCAGCUCAUUUUGAAAUGUAUGACUGACAAGGAACUUGAGUAUAAUUUAUAAAUUAUAUUGGUGACCCGAAUCGUCACUCUGUAAACUUCAUCUAUACUUUAAAUGUGCAGAAUCAAGGAAGCAUUCACCAACGUUAAAAAUAAUCUUUAAUACAACUUUGGCCACAUUGAGUGCGGCAAGCUGACAAACAUGGCGCCGAAACGUACAGGAAAAGGCAUUCCCAUGUCAAAGCGAGUGAUAUUGACCGCUCCCAUUUCCACAUCGCUGGUCCUGCUGGUAUUUUUGGCUCUUUUUGGUCACUCCAGUGCCCAAGUUGAUACCACCAUCAGUCAGCAAGAAAGUUUUUCAGUUGUGCUUCCGUGUCCCGUUAAUGUAGAUAAGUGCGGAAAACUACAUUCAUUAAAUUGGUUUAAGGGCGAUGAUCGCAUUGCUGCAAUGCUCCUUGGAGAAAGUAAUGUGACGAGUGUUAAUAAAGAAUUUGACGAAAGGGUAACUGUUCAGCAAAACCCAUACAGAUUAGUUAUUAAGGACUUAAAAAUAGCUGAUGAAGAUAUUUAUCUAUGUGAUACUACAUUUUUUAUACCAGAAGAAACGUGUGAUAACUUCAAUGGAUAUCGAGUCGAAUUGAGAGUCCUAGUGCCACCCACUGAGAUUGUUAUUUUGGAUGCAAAAGGCGAUCGAAUCGAGAACGGCAGCGUAGUUGGACCCAUGCAGGAACGCCAGUCCCUCAAAGCAACAUGUACUGUAAAGAACACCCGCCCUCAACCAGAAGUCGGGUGGUUCCGUGGAGACAAGCGACUAACAACCUAUUCUCCGACUCAUGACUUGAACGAUGGACUUUAUACGUCAACACUCGAGUUGGAUUGGCCAUUGUCCCGCGAAGAUCUUGCUCAGGACAUUGAAUGUCGCGUGAACUCUGCAGCCAUACCAAACACAACUGUAACAAAAUUUAGCGUGGACUUACAAGUUCGUCCAACAAGGAUCGAUAUAAACGGAGUGAAACAUCAUACAGUGCAAGGCAGCAAAGUGGUUUUAACAUGUGAUAUCCAAGGAGCUCGACCAGCUGUUAACCUUACGUGGUAUAAUUCAUCAAUCUUAAUUAAUCCUGAUGAUAAUGAUAUAACUGAAAUUCGGAUUAAAUCGUUUGAAAAAAAGGAUGGCACGUACCACACGCAAUCGGAACUGAUUUUUAAUGCCACACGCUUUGAAAAUGACCGCGUUUUUCGCUGCGAAGCUGAAAAUGUUGUUUUGCAAAUCAAUCGAGAAAAACCCAUUUCAUCUGUUUUUACAUUGGAAGUUUUAUAUCCACCCGUUGUCAAAGUCAGCCCAUCUGCUAUAAUGACCAACACCAGUGAAAUAGUUCUUCUUAAUUGUGAAUAUGUGGCGAAUCCUGCAUCUCUAACACAAGUUGAAUGGUAUCGCAAUGAUGAUCUAGUAAAUGUAAAUGAUACGAAUCAUUAUAAAGGCGGUAAUUCAGAGAAUGUAGCUCUCGUUAUUAAAUCUACGGCAAAAGAUGACAUUGGAAAUUAUUCUUGUCAAUUGUCAAAUACUAUUGGCAAAGGAAUUUCUGAUCAGAAAAUUAAUCUUGACGUGCAGUAUGUCCCAAGUGUCGAGAUUUUAAUGAUACCAGAGGGUCCUGUAAGGGAAAGUGAUGAAUCGAAUGUCACCCUCUUCUGCAAUGUCUUAGAUGCUAAUCCCCUAGCACUUACCAAAGUAAGGUGGUACGCCAACUCUACGCUUCUUAAGGAACUUCCAGACUGUGAAGAAACAAGGGAAGAUCUUUGCCACAUAGACCCAAGUAAACUUUUAUUGGAGAGUAUUGGACGUGGCUUCUUCUACAAUUAUUCUUGUGAAGGAUACAAUUCGGCUGGCUGGGGUCCACGCAGUGAAGACAAAGAACUAUUGGUACAUUACGAACCGGGACCUUCUGCACUAACUCAUUUUCCAUUAGUCGCCGUGAAAAAAAAGAGCGUGACUUUCUCGUGCUCUGUAGAUGAUCCCGGAUAUCCAGACUCCAAUAGAUAUCGUUGGCUACGCGGCGGUCGGGGUCCUCUGCAGGACAUUGUGACGAAGGACUGGACGGUGGAGCCGGUUGGUCUAGAUAGUCGGACCAAUUAUUCUUGCUACGCGUACAAUGAGGGGGGCAAAGGAAUUAUGGCUACAGUAAACUUGGAGGUACACGCGCCACCAUUUUUCAUAAAGAACUUACCACCUUACACAGGAGUACUGCACUCCUCGCAAAAUGCAACUUUGACUUGUCGCAUUGAGUGUGUUCCGCGCUGUGACAUAUCGUGGCAAAAGGAUGGUGAGCCAAUAGAGAGGAACGAUACUCGUUAUUUUAUUAAGGAAAAGUACAUGGAAGCAUCCCCCGCCACGGGUGAUUUUGAAAGCAUGCUCUCAGUUUUGCACUUUAAUAUGUCAAAUUGGCCUCUUGGCAAAUUUGAUAUCGAGGCUGAUAAUGCGAACUACGAAUGCGUCUCAACAGGCAAUACAGUAGGCGCUAGCAUCAGGAGUCGCACCUAUUUUGGCAUUGAAUACGCUCCUGACAAUACAACGGUUUCGGAGAACAUUCUUUAUGUCCAAGAAGAUACCAUACCAGGACGUAUACUAUGUAAAUCCCGUGCUAACCCCGAGCCGUUAUAUAAGUGGUUCUUUAAAAACGAAACAAUAGCCAAUGGAAAUGCAUUAAUCAUAAAUACUGCAAUGAAAAGAAACGAUAAUGGAACUUAUACCUGUCAGGCUUACAACAAGCAUGGCAAAAGCAUUGCUGAGACCGUAAUCGAAGUGCAAUUUAAACCACGGUGCGAAAUCGAGAGACGGGAAAUUGAUGAUCAGGACACGCUUAUUUGUACUGCUUACGGAAAUCCUUUAGAGGCUGAUUUUUCUUGGUCUAUUAAAGGCGAAAACGAUACAGUUCAAGUUUUAGGCAGCGGUGAAAAGAAAACAUUUUUGGAAAAGAGUUUUUACAUAUUGCAAACAGACUAUGCCAUUUCCAGGACUUAUAGAUGUGUUUCCAAUAAUACGGUUGGAUCCGCACCAUUUUGUGAAAUUGAAGUAGCUGAGCAACUGGCAUGGUGGCAGCUUUGGGAGAAGAACACACUUAUCAUAAUAGUUGCUGUUAUUUUGGGAUUAUUGCUGACCGUGAUUAUUAUUUGUUGCAUAAUUAUAUGCAUUUGCCGUCGUCGCCGCCGCCAGGAUAAAUAUCUCACGGAAGUUUCCCUAAGUGCUAACAGUGUAUUGUAUGAUCAGUCAGAAAUGACACAAGCGGGUGGGAGCCCCCCAAUACAGGAUAAAUCCACAGCCUUCUUAGCAAAUCCGACUUUGACUAGCUUUAAUGCAAACGCACCGAAAUCGCCACCGCGCUGGCCAAUUCGUCCUGGGGUAAUGCUUCACGUAAGCAGUAACACAAAAGAAAAUUUGACUGUAAACCGAAUGACAUUAAGCCCCAAUCUAUGUAGCAAAGGUGGCAACAUAGACCAGUUAUCGGCCGAAUUGAGUGCUGUUUUAAGAAAAAGUCAGUCUUAUUCCGAUAGUACCAUCCUCACUGAUGUGUCUGUGGUAUUGGAGAACAACGCAGCAUCAGAGUUAUCUACAUUUGCAGUACCUCAAUUGGAGGUUGCACAAGAGAACAAGUCUGCAGCAGAAAUAGCACCCUUGGAUAACUUAGCUGCUAAAACACCAGGCUCUGGUCACAGCAAAUUGGAUCGCAUUUUAUCAUUGGUUUUUAAAAAGUCUUCUGACGAUUUUACUCGGGAAAGUCAGCGGAGCCAUGUUGGUCUAAUUCAGACCUUUUGGCGUGGCCUGGCUUCUAAUAAAAGCACAACGCAGUUCGGAACUCAGCAUCGUCUUAAAGGAAUACGUUGCAGCGGAAGUGUAACCUACAAGAAGGCCAAAGAGACGACUCAAGGAACAACAAACACAAUUGGAGAAUCACCUUUAACAAAUCAGCACAGCAGUUCUCAAUCACAUUCCUUUCAAUUGCCCUUAUUAGACGCGGAGGCAUCUGAAAUAGUAACUAGAGAUGCCAAGAAAAAUUGUUCCCAGAAAAGAGAAGGCUUUACUUGUAAUGUCUCCCCUUCCUUGGCACCUCGUCAAAAUCGGAGCUUUAUGUCUCCUCCCCAACCCAUAACUUCUACAUUGCCAUUAAGGAAUUUCCAAAAUACAAUUAGCAGGAGCUGCUCAGCCGAAUCAACGGCCCAAUCCAAGAAACUCGAACAUGUUGAAAUACACGACAAGUCGUCUUCACUGGGGGAACCAUUGACGGAACCUGGCGAGUAUGAGAAUCUUCCAUUUCAUGGUCUGCAAACGGCACCUAACAAGUCCUCUACUACCCCUACAAAUUUUAAUAACAACACAAGUGCGAUGCGUACAGCUCAAAGACUCAAGGGACUUAAUGCAAAUAUCAAUCUACCAUCGGUCAACCAUCAGCAAGAUCGUCAGAAUACUCAAGAUCUACAAUUAAUCCAGGAACAACAUUUUUGUGAUCAUGGUCACAGAUCACAGAACAACACCAUCCCCUGCCCAUCGUCCACUGAUCAAAAUAAUCAAAAGCUAACUGAACUCGACUCCAAUCAACUUAACCUAACCAAUUGCUUCCCAAAAAGUUAUUCUGAGUACACCCAACAAAAUCAGCAAAAGCAUCAAAUCCAAAUAAAAUUGCAAGCUGGAACAACUCAGAUGUUUAACACGAAUUCCUUUUCCGACGAUCAGCUAACCAAUGCCAUAGAGCGUGAUUGUCUGCCCAGUUACCCCUCGAUGUGCCGAUCACCAUCUAUUCCGCGCUCAGCACUGCUAAGCACUAACCCCUUUCUGGAUGUCACUAACUUUAAGAAAUACGGUGAAGACGGAGAAGAUUUAUCCGGAAGUAUGCCACGUGAAAAAUACAGCAAAAGCGUUUUAGAUGUGGAGAACAAGUUUUAUUCGCUAAAGUUUCCAGGCGGUAGCAAACUUAAAAAUCGGUCAUAUAAUGAAAACUCAUUAGGUUCUAUUCCAUCACAUACACCCUCCGCACUUGACGUUUGCUCUUUAUCAACGUGCAAGACGCAUAAUUUCAUCGCUUGUAAUAGCCAAAGCGAUAUUGACCCGAGUGUUCAGCCCGUGUGCAUCUAUGAUCCGCCUGCUUACGAGAAUAUGGUCGCUAAAGGCACAGCCGAUCAAAGUACAGAAUCAAUAAAAAUCGAUAGCAAUGAUUUAAUAUUCAAUUCUAAUCAACACCGAGCUACUGUUCAGCUCGACAGUCAUUUAGGCAAAGAUGUAAUAAGGAAACAUCACCACCGGCAUCACCGCCACCAGCAAAAAAAGGAUGAAGGGAUUGCUGCUGAUUUGAAGUUAAUAGAGCCUGAGCGCAUUACCAUUUAUCGGAGCGACUCCGGAAUAUCUAAUAGCUCUUACGAGUCUCAAUUUCCUAUACCAUUAUCACAAAAGCGAACAAAAAUAACAAAAAAUGGGUCUGUAAACUCAACAUCUAGCUCAUUAAUUCGAAAACAUGGUAUUAAAAAUGUGGAAGCUCAUAAUAGUGGCUCUAUCCCAGUUGAAUCGUCUAACAUAUUAUCUUCCGAGAGUAAAGUCAUUAAAAGUGGGGUACCAUCACUCUCGGCCUGUGCCUCCUCCUCGCAUUGCAUGCUUAACCAGACACCAUCAACUCAGUACAAUGACAAGACUACUGGAGAAGACUUUGAGCAGCACCGACUUGGUCACCAGUGCGUGUAUUCAGUCUCUACGCCUUUAGUUUGCAACAGUUUAAACACUUCCAGCAAGAGUAACUACAGACUGACAGCACAACUGAAGUGCAGUAAUGUUCAAACACCGAACAAGAAAAAAAAAUUGUUGGCUAUUAAUCCAUUUCUAGUUAAAUAUAAAAACGAUAACACAUACACCGGUGAUAAAAACAACAGAAAGCAGCGACGACAAACCAUCAGCAACCCAUACGAACAUAUCCAAAGGCGUCAAGGUGAUGUCUCCAGAAAAACCCAAGGCUACCGUUCAGAUGCCUUUAAAGCUUUCAGCUAUGGCCACAAAUGUGACUCGGGUGAUUCACAAACAACAUCAACAGAGAAAAUGGAAAUUAUUAACAAUGCAGCCAAAACUACCUACAGAAAAUUCGGGAAUGAUGCCAAUAGAACAAUAAGUGAAGGAGUGCUAGUUUCAAAAAAAUUAAUGAUCCAGACUUCUCGGUUAGGUUCUGUAGCCGGCAUCGAUAAUUAUCCGCCCGAGAUAUCUUCAAACUUAACAAGUUCUCCGGCCGAUGAAGAAUAUGAUUGCUUAGUGGUACGACGGCCUAUACGCCUGCCAUUGCGUAAACAUCAUACCUUUCAUUUCCAUAGCACACAGACAGCCAACAGCAUGCUACAUGAGCUGCGAGAGCGACAUCAACUUCAGCUGCAAGAAAGGGAGUUCGAGAAACAAAAUGUUCCCUUGGUGUUUAGUCCGCUCGAGUUAAGUGAACAGCAUGCUUUUAAGCCAAUUUCACCUACACCUACUAUGACAGCUUUGGCAGAGCAAGGGACAAGCUAUCAGAAUCACCAUUUAAAUGGUACAGAGGAUGACGAAGACCUUGGAUACAGUUUCUGUGAAGAAGAAUGUAUGGUUGACAACGAUAACUAUCCCACCUCGGACAAUCUUAGUACUGCCCCGGCUAACAGCACUAUUACAUCGAAAGCUAUUAAAAACUCGACUCCGUUAAAUGCCGAAAGUUUUGAUGAUGAAUUUAUUUAUGCUGAUCUGGAGAGUCAACACUACGGACCUAUCAAUUACAAGGCGGCUUCAUUAUAUUCUCAAGUAAAAAAAAACAAAAAUUCGGGCGCCCUUGAUGUACUAUAAUAAAAUCCUGGUCAAUUUUCGUAAGCUACACCACGCAUUUUUUUAUAAAUUAAAACUUUAUGAUUUUAAAUUAAUGAAAAUGUUAUUUUAUAAUAGGUUCUUAAGAUCCACUUAACGUUUUCAAUGACUAAAACAAAAAAACUUGAUUUGACCGUUGUCACUAAGUGAAUAUGUUAAAUUUUUUAAAUUAUUUUACCCAAAGAAUGUAUUUGGAAGUAAACAAAUGUUUAAUGUAACUAAUAAAAAAGGUUUUUCAAAUCGUUGGAUAAACUCACACGGAAACAAAGAGUAAUAAUGGUAUAUCUAGCUUUUCUUUUCAUGAUUUUUCUUUAAAACUAAUGUAAUUGUGUGCAUAAAAUUUAAUUUAAAUUAAGUUGUUUUUGGAUGGUUAGUAGUUUAGUUGAUCAAUACAUCAUUUUUAAAUAAGCAUAAUCAUUUAUUUAUAAUAUAAGUAUUUCCUUAAAGGCUAAAGAAUGUGUAAUAAUAUGUCCAGAAAAGUGUAAUUAAAUCGAAAAUAUGCAGAUUAAAUGGAAGCUUAUUUUAAGAUAAAGAAUUACUAUCCAAUAAAUUGUAAAAUAAAUA